UCAGUGCAAGAAAAUGAUCAAGUCAAUCAUGUGGACAUGCUUCAUUAUUCAUUGAACACAAUCUUUUACAACGCUUCAUUUACGUGCAGGAGUUUCUUCAACGCUUUGCUUUUAAAAUUAAGGUUACUUGCUAUGACAGAUCAUCAUUGAUUUGAGGGGAUGCAAAGGUCUGGGAUUUGAACAUUGGUAUGAUCAUUGCCAGAGCUCCUCUCUGAUCGUCUUGCAAGACAUAUAAUUGGGAAGUGGAACACCCCUCUCAAUAACGUUUCAGUGCAAAGCAAAGCUUUUUAAUCACUGGUGUUUUCCAAAACAAGUCCUAAAACAAGUAUGCAGUUCACUUGCUAAGGAAUGGAGGAAGCAAGUUUGUGCCUUGGUGUAUCUUCAGCAGUGCCUGAAGCUGAUGUCCAGCUCAGCAAACCAGUACUAAAUGGCCAGUAUCCAAUAACCCAGAAGUUGCAUCAGCUGACAACACAACUGGGACAUGCCUUUCCGGAACUCCAGAGCAGACAAAAUCCUGAGGAGAAAGCAGCAAUUGGACUGGAGGAAAAACGCCACCCAGCGGUGGCUAACCAGCCAAUCAGCAAUCAAAUGACCCUGCUGGCAAAUCAGCUUAAUACAGAUGUUGACACUAAUUUAGGUAUAAACGGGAGAGUUGACUUACAGCACUUCUUAAAUGGACAGAACCUUGGGAUAAUUUCACAGAUGAAUGGCACAGAAGAUGAUGCAAAAAAAUCCAGGAAGUACCCAUGCCCCAUUUGUGGUAAGCGCUUUCGGUUUAACAGCAUUUUGUCUCUCCAUAUGCGUACUCACACUGGGGAGAAACCAUUCAAAUGUCCUUACUGUGAUCACAGGGCAGCUCAGAAAGGCAACCUGAAGAUUCAUCUCCGCACUCACAAACUUGGGAAUCUUGGGAAAGGUCGUGGGCGGGUCAGAGAAGAAAACAGGCUUCUGCACGAGCUGGAGGAGAGGGCCAUCCUGAGGGAUAAACAGAUGAAGGGUGGCCUUGGCCAGCCUAGGGCUGAUGGGAAGCAACACCAGGCUGUCAUUAGCUCCAGCAGCUUGCCUCUACCAGCCAGCCAGAGUAGCUCCGAUGCCUCUAAUCCAAUCUGCAGCCCCAAGCCCACGGGCACGCAGGAAGAGCCAGCAGCAGCCACCGUGGGAUUCAGAUGCACCUUCUGCAAGGGGAAGUUUAAGAAACGCGAGGAGCUGGACCGUCAUAUCCGAAUACUCCACAAACCUUACAAGUGCACUCUUUGUGAAUUUGCUGCCUCUCAGGAGGAAGACUUGAUCAGUCAUGUAGAAAAAGCCCACAUAACUGCGGAGUCAGUGCCAGGUCAGGGGUCAAGUGGCAACGGAGAGCAAACCAGUAAUGAAUUUCGCUGCGAGGUCUGUGGCCAGAUUUUUAGCCAGGCUUGGUUCCUGAAAGGCCACAUGCGAAAGCACAAGGACUCUUUUGAACAUUGCUGUCAGAUCUGUGGACGGCGAUUUAAGGAGCCCUGGUUUCUCAAAAACCACAUGAAGGUCCACCUCAACAAGCUGGCUGUAAAGAAUCCAUCCCAGAGUGACCCGGAGGUACCUGAGAACCUAAACAAUAUGGUGCAAGAUUCCCACUCAAACGUGUAUUCAGCAUAUGUAUCUUGUUUACAGAGUGGUUUUUUAUCACCUAAUAAAUUGAGCUUAAAUGAACAAAGCCAACUUCAUUAUAAUAAAGCAGAGGUUGCUCGGAAGGAGAAGGAAAUGCUCGGGAAGCUAUUAGUACCCGUGAGCAGCGCGGCCCGUGGCAUAGUGGAAGGGGACAAGCGCUCCUUACUGGGAUGUUUGACCCUGGCGCCUCCUUUGAAGGCCAGCUGCAUGGAGCGUUUGCAGGCAGUAGCCCGCGUGGCCGAGUUUGAUCCGGUAAACAGCUACCAGGCCUGGCAGCUGGUGACAAGAGGAAUGAUGAUGGAGCAGGCUGCUCUGCCCAAGAAGCACCUGCACCCCGGUCAGGACGAAAAUCUGCUCAGCGCAGGCUCCAGCGGUGACAAGGACAAAGGAGAAUUUGUCUUUGCAGCUGGAGAUAAAUCAAAACAGAAACUGGAUGGGGACCUGAUUCAAAACCCUAAAAGAACCAACAUUAGUGACAUUUCUGGUAAAGAUGAUCUAAUAGGAAGCAGGGAAUUCAUGGCACAAGGAAUGAAUCAGGGUUUGGAAUAUAAAAUUACUGGAUUAGGACAGAACCAUGGAACAAUGAAAGAGAAGCCCACCGAAUGCCCGGACUGUGGCCGAGUGUUUAGAACCUAUCAUCAAGUCGUUGUCCAUUCCAGAGUGCAUAAGAAGGGAAGGAAACCUGGAGAUGAAGGAGUCCAGGGUGCUUUAGAUGAACGGCGUGGAUCUGGAAGUGAUCAAGACUCCCAGUCUGUGAGCCGGUCAACCACACCUGGAUCGGCCAAUGUGACAGAGGAUAACGUGGCAGCAGGAGGCUUUGCUGUGGCAGGAAGUACGCAGGAAGAUAGUCCAAAUCCAUCAUCUCCAUCUUCAGAUGUAGGAGAGGAAUUGGGAAGGCCUGCAGGAAUACAACAGCCUUCUUUACUGAGGGAUCGUGCCCAUGGAUCAGCCACCCGGGAUUGCCCCUACUGCGGCAAAUCGUUCAGAACUUCCCACCACCUGAAGGUCCAUCUGCGAAUACAUACAGGAGAAAAGCCGUAUAAAUGUCCUCAUUGCGAUUAUGCUGGAACCCAGUCAGCAUCUCUGAAAUACCAUUUAGAACGUCACCAUCGGGAGCGGCAAAAUGGAACAAGUCCAUUGCCGGGGCAAGCACACACUCGUCAAGAGCAUGCUGAAGAACCAGUAAGCAAAAGUCAGAUGUUUAUCAGACCAGAAAUAUUGAGAGGAGUUAUGAAAGGUGUGCCUGGAACUGACCUAAGGGGUAGCUUGGCUCCUCAGCAGUGGCCUGUAGGAGUCCUUUCUCCUGCAGAUUGCCAAGGACAUGGGCCCAGUGUAACAUCAGAGCAGCAAUCUGAAAACCUGAAAAUUUCUUCGGACGUUUCUGGUGAGGAAACGCCAAGCCUUUCUGAUCUAAGCAGAGCUUUUCAAAGUCUUGCUGGAAAUGGAGUCAAUUUUCAAGGGUCCUUGCAAGCAUUUAUUGACACCUUUGGACUGAGGUCCCUGGAGAAAGAGAAAGAAAUGUUGGCAAGAGUGUAUGGUGAAACAGCAAGCCUAAAACAGUCUAACUCAAAGCUAACACUAGAGAAACUCACAAAGAAUGCAGGCUCUGAAGAUUGUGAAGGAAGGGUUGAAAAUCAGUCUUCCGAAGAAAAAUCAGCCGUCAAAUCUCGGUCAGCUGCAGAAAAAUCCCAGUAUGAACCUUUAGACUUGUCUGUAAGACCUCCAUCACAGGACUCUGUUUCAAUCCCUGGUGCAACGACUACCACUCAGGAUAACAUUACUUGGCAUGGGUGUCUUUUCUGUUCCUUCACAACAUCAUCAAUGGAACUGAUGAUUCUUCACCUUCAAGCAAACCACCUGGGAAAAUCAAAACGAAAAGAAAAUCUUUCUGGAGCAGCUGGAAUUGGGAAUGACCUUCGAGGGGAGGCUUCAUCUGUUGCAAAGAAAACCUGUUUGUCUAUUUCUCCUGUUGUUGCCAAGAAAGAUAUAACAACAAAACUACUUGACAAGGUAGAUUCCUCUCCUGAUAAAAUAUCUUCACAAGGGCAAUCUAGUGAUUCCGUGGGAGAUCACAAGAAGUCUUAUAUUAAUCCUGUGGACUCCAGUCUGAGUUCUCUAGUGACAGACUUCUACAAACAAUUUCACAAAUACUCAACUGGUGGCAACCCAGGAACAUCUAUCUUGGGCUCUGCCCAUGAAAAUGAGCUGAAAUACCUUCCUACAAAUUCACUGAAUCUAGUUUCGCCAGGGACUACAAGCAUGAGUCCCUCUGGUGAAGUAGGUAAUCAACCAUUUAGUGAUGAUACAGGGUCUGUAAAUGAACAAGAUGCAGAUGAUCAAGAAGCAUUAGUUGACACAAACCGACCAUCAACCUCGGAUGAAGAAACCUCUGAUGAAGAAGAUCUAAUUCACAGUACAGCUCUUUCACAAGGUUCACAGAGUCUUCUGAGUUCCAUGGGUAAACACCAAGGUGGACCUUGGCACAAUUUAAAUCUUCUGCCAUCUCACAAUAUUCCACCUGGGCAGACCCAUGACCACCAACCUGUGGACCAGCAAAUGAACAUGCUGUCAGUUCUGAGAGCUUACAGCACAGACAACAUGGCAGCUUUCAAUGGUAUUGGAAAUAGCUCAACCAGCGGCAGCAACACUACUAAGAGAGCAGAUUUAUCAGGUCACAGGCCUUUUCAGUGCAGAUACUGCCCAUACAGUGCCUCUCAGAAGGGGAACCUGAAGACUCAUGUUCUGUGCGUGCAUCGUAUGCCUUUUGACAACAGCCAGUACCCAGAUCGCAGGUUCAAACGCUCAAGAGUUGAAACGGAAGCUACUGGGAUUUCAGAGGAAGCAAGUGUUGUGAAACCGGGGAGCUCCUGUGAACUGCCGGUGGAAACCAGUCAGGACCAAGAGUAAUGCAGUGGAACAAAAACAAAUACUCGCAAUAUACAUUUUUACAGAGCUUUUUUUUUGAUAUGCAGUCAGAAAUGAGCAAGUGUUUGUGGAAUUCCAAGGAAAGAACUUAUGGACUAUUUAAAAAUUAUACCCCAGAAUUGUGAUCACAGUAUAGAACAAACAAAGUGGAUAUCCAGUCCUCCCAAAUGACUGCCAAACUGUUACCUAGCAACAAGUACUUCAAAACAUCACAGGUGGGAGGAUAAAGUGGUUCUAAAAGGUGGGAGGAGGUCAUCAGUUACUUAAAAGCAGGACAUUUGGAAGUUUAAAGUGGUCUCUGUCCAAAAAUAAUGCUCUUAACAGAAAAAUGAUACCAUCUGAAUGAUUUAGCAUUGCCUUGAAGAUCUGGGGCUGUGUUUUCAGUGUUGAAAACACCUUUAUAACAUGACACCAUCUGCUGUCAUUCGCUUAGCAUAGUAAUGAGAUGUGUUGGUAGACUGCCAUGGUGCCAGUCUGACUGGAGCUGUCAUUGCAGAAAAAAUCAAUGCAAGUGGUGUCGCAACUGCACUAUAGAAGAAAUCUUAGAUGCCCCAUGAACUAGGGUCAGUAGUGACCUACACUAAAGUGGGUUGGAAUUAAACAUCUUCACAUUUUUUUCUGAUGCAUAGCCAAACGUAUCAAAUGAAGAGAAUGAGACACAGUGCAAACUUGUCCGUCAUUUAUUUUUUCGUUAUCAGUUUGCAGUGUUGAGGGGAAAAAAAACAUUUGUUUUUCUUUACUUAAAGGAUUUUUCUUCUGUGGAGAAGUAGGUUAUCAAUAAUCAAAUCACAGAUGAGGGGAGGGAUAGGGAUGGGGAUUGGGAUAUCAUUAAGCACUGAAAACUGUUGAAUCUGACAGUAGAGGGCACUAGUGGGAAGUGGUAUGUUUGUAGCAAAUGGUUAUCAAGCUUUUUACUUGAAUAAAAUUCCCAGGAGCAACAAUUCGUUAAUUUUUGUAAGUGUGAAAGACACAAAACAGGGCUUUCUCCUGAAGAGCUACUAAAUGGAGAAGUUGAAGAAGCCCAUUCAUUCAUUAUUUCCUGCUCUGUAUGUAUUAAGAAAUAUUAAUGCUUUUGGUCUUUCUCCCUUGUUUUUGUAAAACAAAAACAAUGGAAUGUGGUGUAUUUUUAUGAAUUUUAGCUUUUGUACAAUUCGGAAUCUGCAGAGUUUAAUUUCACGGUGAUAUACAAAGCUUUUGAGGGACAUGAAAGCUUGUGGCAAACAAUAUGAUUAUGACGUUCUAGAUAAAUGACUUUUGAGAAGGUUUAUGGUAAAACAAAGUCAACAUGAGAAAGGAAAUCAAGUAAGCUUAUAGCCUUCUAAUCUCACUUCCUUCAUCAAAAGCAAAAGUGGUGCUUCAUCUCCCCAUGGUAGUCGAAUGUCAGUGUCUUCUGAAAAAAAAAGUCUGACUUAAGAAGUCCAGUGGGCUGCAGGGAGCAGAAAGUAUAUCCCAGGGCCUUAAAACUUCUGCUCUGCCUAAAGCAGUUGACAGUAAUCAGAAACUGCAAUCUAUGAUUUGUGUAAAUAAAUAAAAGCUUAGUACUAACCUGAGACAAAGAUAAAAUCUCAGGCUAAGAGAGAAGUAUGGUUUGCAUAUGCUGGCUAUUAGGAAGUCAACAAUUGAAGACACAGUGUAAUUGAGGUCACUAACUAAGACCUAUCUGGCAUAUAGCAAGCUGGUUUUAUUGUUUUUUAGUAUAGUUCUCACUGCCUUACUUAAACCCAGAUGAUAAACUUAAUGCAACUGUUUCUAAAGAUCUCAAUAUGGGAUCGAGAUGUUAUUAAACAUUUCUGAACGACUGUAGUAAGCUUUAGGAUAUUAACUGCACUACCGUGUUUGGUGACUGUGUCAGUCGCUUGCUUUCGUGUGUGAGAGUGUGUGUGUAUAUGUAUGUAUAUGUGUGUGUGCGCGUGCGUGUGUGCACAUGCAUGCGCACGUGUGUGUGCGCGUGUGCAUGUGUAUAUGUGUAUGAGAGUGUGUGUGUGAGUGUGUGUGUAUGCCGCCUACAGUAUCUUAGCAAACACAUUCCAUUCUUGCACUUUUGAAAUCUUUCAGUAUUCUUCUGUGUCUUUUAGCAUUUCAGAUGACAGGCAAUAAUUCUGUUUAUGACACUGGAAACAUUUCCCUUUCUGUGACGUGUGCGUUGAUUCCAUUUAGUCAGGUGCUACUGUCCCUCUUUUUUUUCUCUCUUACGUAGACCUUUCCAGAACAUUUGUAACUUGUAAUAUGAACAAGUGACAGCAGCAGUGAUACAUUGUCAGAUUCUGAAUAACAUCAUGCUUCACAAAUCUAAACAUGUCAACAUUUCUCUGUACUUCUGUAGUGUGUGAAACUGGUCAUGAUAUUGUCUACAUUCCUAAAUGAAGGAGUUCUUAUCUUGGAGAAGAUCUGAGAUCAAUAGAGUAGAGGAUUUUGUUGCCUUGCUUGUAACAAGUAGAUGACUUUGUAUUUAAAGUUUAUUCUUGGUCAUUAUUUAUUAUACAUCAGUUGACAGAACUUUAUUCUGGUAUAGAAGUAUAAAAGUUGUUUUUCAGCGAUGACUGUUUUCUUUCUGCUGUUAGAAGCAAGAUGUCUUUGAAGCAGUACAAUUUUAUCCAGUGUUUUACGCAA